UCAGAGGGAGGUGGCGAUGGUGCGCCCGGUGGCGGUGGCAGCUGCGGCGGCUUCCCUGGUCGGAGUGCAGGGAGGAGAAGAUGACUGACCGACCGGCUGACUGACUGACUGAAUGAAUGAAUGGCGGAGCCGAGCGCGCCAUGAGGAGCCUGCCAAGCCUGGGCGGCCUCGCCCUGUUGUGCUGCGCCGCCGCCGCCGCCGCCGCCGCCUCAGCCACCUCGGCGGGGAAUGUCACCGGUGGCGGCGGGGCCGUGGGGCAGGUGGAAGCCGCGCCCGGCCCAGGGCUUGGGGGCGAGCCCAGUCACCCCUUCCCUAAGGCCACGGCUCCCACAGCCCAGGCCCCCAGGACUACUGUCCACCGCCCCUUGGCUGCGUCCUCUUCAGCCCCGUCCCCGGAGACCACCAGUCCGCGCACGACCGCCGGACCCUCUCCCACCACCGUUCCGGCGCUGCUCGGCCUCUCGCCGCCCACCGUACGGACUGUGGAACGCGCUUCCGCCACCCCUCGGGCCACGGCCGGCCCGGAGCCGACCAACCUCUCGACGACCGCGGGCCCGGCGCCGACCACCCCUGCAGCGCCCACCGUUCUGGCGCCCACCACUGCCCUGACCCCGGUGCGCAGCAGCAGCAGCAGCAGCAGCAGCAGCACCACCACCACCACCACCACCACCACCACCCUCCCUCCAACCCUACCUGCCACCGAGGCUCCCUCUCCGCCUCCCCCAGAAUAUUUAUGUAAUUGCUCUGUGACUGGAAGUCUGGAUGCAAAUCACUGCAACCAAACCACGGGACAGUGUGAAUGUCGUCCCGGUCAUCAGGGGCUGCGCUGUGAAACCUGCAAGGAGGGCUUUUACCUGAACCACACUUCUGGGUUCUGUCUGCCAUGUCACUGUAGUCCACAUGGAGCCCUCAGCAUGCUCUGCAACAGUUCUGGGAAAUGCCAGUGCAAAAUGGGUGUCAUUGGCUCUACGUGUGAUCGUUGCCAAGAUGGAUAUUACAACUUUAGUAAGAGUGGGUGCCUGCCCUGCCAGUGCAAUAAUCGAUCUGCCAGUUGUGAUGCCCUCACAGGUUCUUGUAUAAAUUGCAAAGAAAACAGCAAAGGAGAUCAUUGUGAAGAAUGCAAAGAAGGAUUUUACCAGAGUCCUGAUAGUAAGAAAGAAUGUCUUCGCUGCCCUUGCUCUGCAGUGACAUCUACAGGCAGCUGCAUCAUAAAAUUGGGAGAAUCAGAGCCUAAAUGUGUCCAGUGUAAAGAUGGUUACACAGGCCAGAACUGCAAUAAAUGUGAAAAUGGCUAUUACAAUUCUGACAGCAUCUGUGUAAAGUGCCAAUGUCAUGGCCACGUGGACCCCAUUAAAACUCCAGAAGUCUGUAAACCUGAGAGUGGCGAGUGCAUCAGCUGUCUCCAUAACACCACUGGGUUUUGGUGUGAGAACUGCCUAGAAGGUUAUGUUCGAGGCCUCGAGGGAAAUUGCAUCAAGGAAGAAGUUAUUGUUCCAACACCUGAAGGUUCUACCAUUUUGGUUUCCAAUGCCUCUUUGACCACAUCAGUGCCCACCCCUGUUGUAAAUAGUACAUUUACCCCCACAACCCUGCAGACUAUCUUUCCAGUAAGCUCUUCUGAAAACAGCACAUCAGCUCUAGCUGAUGUAUCAUGGACCCAGUUUAACAUCAUCAUUUUGACAGUCAUCAUCAUUGUGGUGGUGCUGCUGAUGGGAUUUGUGGGGGCCGUCUACAUGUACCGGGAGUACCAAAACCGCAAGCUCAAUGCCCCCUUUUGGACCAUCGAGCUGAAAGAAGACAAUAUCAGCUUCAGCAGCUACCAUGACAGCAUUCCCAAUGCAGAUGUGUCAGGACUGUUGGAAGACGAUGGCAAUGAAGUGGCUCCCAAUGGGCAGCUGACCCUGACGACUCCCAUACAUAACUACAAAGCCUGAGAAGCUAGAACUUCACUCCUGGGUUGUCCGAACGAGUGCUGGCUAACACAGCGUCAGCCCCUGGCCAGACAAAGCCUGGGUAGGGGUUGCUGAGAAAGUGAAGGCCUGUAGCACAUCCGAAAUUUUCAGGUGUAAAUUUAUAAUCCACGUGGCCUGUUACUCUUAGUUUUCCCAUGAACAGCUGAAGCAUUCACUGUCAGUGAGGACUUGAAGUAAAGUAUAUUUUUGUACCAAAUCACAUGGGAGUAUAGAGAGGCUGAGCUCCAUAGUACAACCCAAAUCCACCUCCAAAUAGAUUCCUGGGAAGUGUUCGCCAAGCCAGAGGAAACAGGAUGAUGGAUGUGGAGGCAAGCAGCUCCCAGAAGACUUCAUCUCCAUUCCUAAGACAUUUGUUUGUAAGGGGGAUCAGGGAUGAUACUGUACUGGACAGAGGACAUCAUUGAGGAAAAGCUGAUGUCUGGCCUGUAUUGUAGUGAACAAUCUUGGUUGUUUUUACAAUAGGGAGAGAAGAUCCAAGGUGAUCUGCAGGACUUGAUUUUCACUUCUAGAAUUUUUGCUGAAUGGUAGGAUUAAAGCACAGGAUAAGCUUCUAAUGACAGAGAGAGGAAGGCAAAGUCUGAGAGCAGGAAGCUGAUGGUCCUCCUUAGGGUCUCAGUAUAAAUGAUAAAUUGUCUAAAAAUAAGGACUAUUAGAAAAAUAAGGUGUAUAUAGUUAAUGUAGCAUAUCUGGUCAACAUUGCAUUUGUAUCUAUUUGUAAAAAAAAAUCAUGUCAUAUUUUAUCCUCUAGAAUGUAUUUGUACAGCAGCUAAUGGUGUUGUAAAAAGAAAAUACGGGGAUUGGUUAAAAUACUGUAAAAUAGAUGGCAAUAUUGCUAGAGCUGGGACUCUGGUAAGCAUCAGUCAUUUUUAGUUCCUGUUUGGACAUUGUUGAAAUUUAUAAAAGAUUGAAUGUUUCUCAUCUUUCCUUCCCUUUCUCAAUCUGAAAGUAGAAUAAUAUGUACUUUGACUUACUGUAGAUUCAAGCAAUAGAAUUUUAAGUCGGUGAUUGGGACACAGGCUGUAUUCUCCAAACUGCUCGCCUCAGUAGAUAUUAGCCUCUCUGUACAUUUUACACAGAGUGGUGUAGAGCAUAUCUUCAUCCACGGAAAAGAGGUUUUUUUUUUUUUUAUGUAAAAGAUAGUCUUCCAAAGGAGUUAGAAAUAUUUUAGUUCCAAAAGAAAAGCCAUCAUAUCACUUGGAUCCCCUGCUUUCAUGCCUGUGAAAUAUUUUUAUUCUUGUCUGCCAGAAUACCUCCUACAUCUGCUCAGCCUCUAAGUCGGGUCACAGCAGUGCCGUGGACCCCCUCUCUUCCUUUCCCGUCAAGAGGGUAGCUCUGUAGUUGGGUGGGUGUGCCUAGUCCUUACUUGUAGAUGUAGUCUUUCCCUAGCGACUGUCUGUCAUCGCUCUCAUCUUUAUUAUGGAUUGUGGAUGAAGUGAGUCAGAAAAAGUAGCCAGAAGUCAAAUAUAGCUAUUUACUAGUAAGAACAGCAAACUGUCAAGUCAAGUGGUUAGGACAAAAAAAAAAGACUUAGUACAGUAGACCUAAGAAAUCUAAGUUACAGCUCUGCCUGACUUCUCCAGAGAAAGACCCAGAAUUUGGUCUUCUAUCUAAAGGAGACACCUACAUUGUUCUUGGGGUUUGGAGAUGAUGCUCUGAAUGAUUGGUAUAGACAGCUUAUCUUUCUGGUAACCCAAAAUUCUUGGGCAUUGCUUGUGAGAGUAGAGAUUACUUUGUAUUACAUUACAUUAAAAUAAGUUUCUGCAGUUUGUAAAACACCUUUCCAUAUGUGUAUCCCUUGUGCUUCACUGUAGCCCCCUGAGGAAGUAAUUAUCCAUCUUGCAGGUGAUGGAGCUACACAUUAUGUCACUAUUAGGCUUAAAAUCAGGACUCCUAACUCUGAAGCUCACAUUCUUUCAAUUAUCUGCUGAUGUCGAAAUUUCCUACUCAUGGAUACAAGAAGGCUAGGAGAGAGAGUCCCAUCUGUGAGUGUUUCAAUUUUUUGUAAAUACGAGGUGCAAUCCGGGGCCACGCAGCUAGGAAGGACUUUGUGCAACAAACACGGGAGGAUUACUAUCUGAAGCUAGUAUUGGUGAUAAGAAAACAAAGCUACCCCUUUCAUUAACAUGAACCAAUCCUUCCAAGUUAGGAGGAGAUUCCUGCUUCCCCCAGCAGCUGCCACUUAUGUGUGUACAGAUGGUGCUCUGCGCUUUCAAGGAGUUGUGAGAAGUGGCAGACCUUCUCCUAGAUCUCUACCCUCUCGAAGUCAGGGACUGUGGAUGGUGAAAAAUAAACGUUUGUUCAGUAGAAGUUAAACAAGUAGAGAAAUAGGAGUGUUUGUUGGCAUCUGAGAGCCAAGCCAUGUAAUCUGGAUUCUGGCCACGUAGGGAUUCUCUGAAACAGACCUAAGAAAGUGCUGCAGAGAUUGAGUCACAAAGGUAAAGCUAUUCGUUCACCUUUAAACACCUAUGAACUAGGUUAUAGUCACAAUUUUUCCCAGUGGGAGGGAAAAAAGUUAAGGUCUUAAAUUUUGUUUUAAACAGUAUCCGUUAGUGUUCUCUGCUUUUUACUAGUGGAAAUAAUUUUGCUCUAAAAUAUCAAUCAAUCAUGAAGUGGUUUACCACCAAAAUCAUACUUGGGAACCAGUAUGGAAUGUAUUCCAUAACUUCCAUUCUUCGAAAGGCGUGAUCCCUACAAACCAUGGCAUUCAGCACAGGAUCCCAUCAGUCCUUUAGCAGACCUACUACUGGAAGAAUUUUGUUGUCUGAAGACUAGAAAUGUGUUUACUUUCAAAUAAGACGAGUGUGAAUCUUAUUGAUAACAGGCAGAUACUGCUACUUGAUGAUCUUUUAUUUCCAUGAAUUCUUUUUAGUGAGCCCUGGUGCAUUUCUGACAGCUGGGCAGGGUACCUAAGUAGGUUGUUCUCCUUUUCUUUCCCUUCCUUCUUUCCCUCACUCCACCCUCUAGUUCCCAGAGGUCUCUUCCUAAUGGAAUUUCUCCAGUUGUAGAGAAAAAGGAUAGUAAAAACUGAACCUUGUUUGUAUUAAGGUCCUAUGGACUUAAUGUGUUACUUUUAGGGGUACCUGAAUUUUAAGAGAGGAAAGCAGAACAGACAUGGAAUGAGAGAAGAAAGAUUUUUUUUAACAAGCCUCAAAUUGUAUAGCUAUAGUCUAGCCCCUAUAUUCCCAGGAAAAUUGACCAUUAAAGCAACACUCACUGACCCACUAGUUCACUUCAGUCAGCUGAGUGCUUUCAGGACAUUUAGCCCUUCUUGCGCUGUUUUGGAGGAAGAGAACUAAAGAAUUAGUACUUUCUGCUGACAGCCUCAACUGGGAUCGGGAUUUUAGACAAUUCACCUUGGUCCAAUUUUUUUUUUUUUUUUUGGUAGGCCAAAUAGUAAAUACGAUAUCACUGAUAAUGAACAUUCCCUGGUUCUUAUAUUUUGAAAUUUGUGGUUGGGGGUUGAAUUUUUACUACUCUUUGGCAAAAAGUUAAGAGAAGAAAAAAAGCAACCCAUUGAAACCUGUUAGAACAAGGAACCCACAAAGAACCUGGCUUCACACACAAAGAACCUUUGGUGUGUUAUGAUCUUCUUGAUAGUAAGGCAUUUAAGGGCUAAAAUGAGUUUGAUGCGUUCAGGGGCGCAAUGAAAAAUGAAUGCAAGUUCUUUCUUUAACCCUGAGCCAGUGACUAUGCAAAGGGGAAAAGCAGGAAGAGGUCAGAUAAUAUCAAAUGGAAUGAAGGUGAUGGAUCAUUAAAAAGUCAGUGUUAAAUGAUGCUUGUUGAAAGGCAGUGGGGGUCUUCCUUGUAUUUUGUAUGGAUAUGUAAUACUACAACAGCAGCCUGGAAAGUGAGCCCAGGGCUUCAGAUUUUAGUCCAAAAGCUAAAUGAUUGAAAGUUGCAUUUUAAUCCUGGGCAUAAGCACUCUGUAACUUGUAAAAUUUCAACCCAAGCAAUUUGGGAUUGUUUCUGAAACAUUAAACUUGUAUUUAUGUCACUAAAAUUCUAACACAAAAUUUAAAAAUGUAUCUCAUACCUAUGCUGUACUAGGCUUCAUGAUGCAUUUCUAAUUUGUGUAUGAUUUGAAUAUAUGAAAGAAUUUAUACAAGAGUGUUAUUUAAAAUUAUUAAAAAAUAAAUGUAUAUAAUUUGUA